ACACCCAGUUUUGGGGCGCUUGCUAUAAAGCCGGUAUAAAGGGCAUGUUCACAGUAUUUCACUACAAUUCCUGCUUCUGGAGUGCGAUCCUCAUUGUCAUUUUAAGGACAGUCAAUUUGUCUCAAGCAGCAGCUGUACCAUGGAGAGUAAGCCCUAUGUGGUCCAGAUCAACGGAAAUGGCCUCCCCAGUCAGGGAGUAAACGGCAAAGGAGUUAACGGUAAAAGAGUGAACGGUCAUGGCGCUCACCACGUCAGUGUGAAAGGGGCUGUCAAGCCUAAGACCCAGAAGCAGAGAUGGGAUGUCCGGCCCUCGGAGAUGUCCCUGAACACCGUGAAUCCCAUCAGGGCCAUCGUGGACGGAAUGAAACUCACCCCCAACCCUGACAAGGCCAUGAUAGCCCUCUCCAUAGGUGAUCCCACUGUGUUUGGGAACCUCCCCACCGAUGACUCUGUCCUCCAGGCCAUGAAGGACGCCAUCGAUACCCACACUUUCAACGGCUACGCACCCUCUGUUGGUUACCAGAGGAGCAGAGAGGCAGUGGCUAACUUCUACAGCUGUCCCCAGGCUCCUCUGGAGGCUAAGGAUGUGAUCCUGACCAGUGGCUGCAGCCAGGCUAUAGAUCUGGCCAUCAGUGUCCUGUGUAACCCAGGCGACAACAUCCUUGUCCCCUGCCCCGGGUUCUCUCUCUACAAGACCCUGGCUGUGUCCCUGGGCAUCCAGGUCAAGCUGUACAACCUGCUGCCAGAGAAGUCUUGGGAGAUUGAUCUGCAGCACCUCGAGAGCCUGGUGGAUGAUAGGACAGCCUGUGUCAUCGUCAAUAACCCCUCCAACCCCUGUGGGUCUGUCUACAGCAAGGAGCACCUGCAGGGCAUCCUCUCAGUGGCCUCCAGACAUAGAAUCCCAAUCCUGGCUGACGAGAUCUAUGGGGAUAUGGUGUUCCCCGGAUGCCCCUCCCACUCGCUGGCGUCCCUGAGCAGCGACGUCCCUGUGCUGGCGUGCGGCGGCCUGGCUAAGCGUUGGCUCGUCCCAGGGUGGCGACUGGGCUGGAUCCUCAUCCACGACCGGAACAACAUCUUUGGAUCGGAGAUUCGCCAGGGUCUCGUCAAGCUCAGCCAGAGGAUCCUGGGUGCCUGCACCAUCGUCCAGGGGGCGCUAGAGAGCAUCCUCAACAACACCCCCAAGUCCUUCUAUCACAGAACCAUCAGCUUCCUCAAGUCCAACUCUGAGCUGUGUUUCUCUGAGCUCAGCACAGUGCCCGGUCUGACUCCCAUCAUGCCCUCUGGGGCCAUGUACCUCAUGGUGGGAAUCGACAUGGAGCACUUCCCGGGGUUUCAGAACGACGUGGACUUCACAGAAUCUCUGGUGACUGAGCAGUCUGUGUUCUGUCUACCAGCAUCGGCGUUUGAGUACCCUAACUACUUCCGCAUUGUGGUCACGGUACCAGAAAAGAUGAUGGUGGAGGCAUGUGCUCGGAUCAGAGAAUUCUGCCAGCGCCACUACCGGCCCAGCAGCCAAGACAGCAACGAGCUCGACCAAUGAGAGAGGGGGGAGGGGAGUAGAUGAAAAACUGAGAAGGGGAUGAGAGAAAAAGAGGGAGAAAGGCAAAACUAGAGAGAAAGGGUCUCUUAGAGGCAGGGGUGAAGUGGCCUCUAGACACUGACCUGGGAUCUACUUUAAAUAUACGACUAACAGUCAUGAGAUGGGGAUAAGAGGGUAGACUGUGCCUGGAUCAGUUUCUACAGGCUACUUCAACCCAGAGCUCAUGGACACAGAGAGGAAAAGAUACAUUAAGCAACAGAAUGA